GCAGUAUCGAAUCGAUCUUCACGGUCGGGACACGUUCUUACAAGGCGUUUCACAAGGCGUAUACGUUUUGCGCAGUCUGCGUCGCGAGGCGACUCUACUUUCAUAUUUUUCAUAAACGACCCCGAGAGAAUCGAAUCCCCGUAAGCUAUGUCCGAGGCGCACGUUGACGAGUACGAGCACUUCAACUACGACUACGACAAGCACAUAUUCACCGCCCACGGCGGCAAGCAGAGGAGCAAACGCGAGGCCGUAGCACAUACCAAUCAUUUCGACCCGAGCGGCCAUUCCAGAAAGAUCCUCACCAAGCUGAUGAAUACCGAGCACAACAAACGGCAGAUCAGCAAGAGCAAGGAGUAGAG